GCGCACGCGCGUAUUUGAUAGGCUCGUGCGCUUGUGAUCUUGUGCAGUGAGUCGUCUGUUUGCUGCGGAAGCUGUUGUCAUGUGAUUCGGCCAAAGGAAGGAUACAGUGUCUUCCCAAAUCUUUGGAUGAAAGUCAUUAAAAGAUGGAGGAGAUAAGAGUAUCUCCUGAUUAUACCUGGUUCAGAAGCACUGUACCACUGAAAAGAAUAAUCGUGGAUGAUGACGACAGUAAAGUCUGGUCCCUGUAUGAUGCUGGGCCUAAAAGUAUCAGGUGUCCCAUCAUCUUCCUCCCACCUGUGAGUGGCACCGCAGAGGUUUUCUUUCAGCAGGUGCUGGCUCUCUCUGGAUGGGGCUACCGUGUCAUCUCGCUCCAGUAUCCUGUCUACUGGGAUCUACUGGAAUUUUGUGAUGGAUUUAGGAAGCUUUUAGACCACUUACAACUGGACAAGGUGCACUUGUUUGGUGCCUCUCUGGGAGGAUUUCUGGCUCAAAAGUUUGCCGAGGUCACACACAAAUCUCCCAGAGUGCAGUCUCUGGUCCUGUGCAAUUCCUUUAGUGACACAUCAAUAUUUAACCAAACAUGGACAGCAAACAGUUUCUGGUUGAUGCCUGCAUUCAUGCUCAAAAAGAUUGUUCUUGGUAAUUUCGCCAAAGGACCAUUGGACCCAAAAAUGGCAGAUGCAAUUGACUUUAUGGUUGAUAGAUUGGAAAGCCUAAACCAGAGUGAACUGGCGUCACGUCUCACGCUGAACUGCCAAAACUCUUACGUGGAACCUCACAAGAUAAAAGAUGUCGCCGUCACCGUAAUGGAUGUUUUUGAUCAGAGUGCCCUGUCAUAUGAAGCAAAAGAAGAAAUGUAUAAGCUGUAUCCCAACGCUAGACGAGCUCACCUCAAAACAGGUGGAAACUUCCCCUAUCUCUGCAGAAGCGCAGAAGUUAACCUGUACAUACAAAUACAUCUGCGUCAGUUCCAUGGGACGCGGUACACCGCCAUCAGUCCUGAGAUGGUGAGUGCAGAAGAGCUGGAAGUCCAAAUGACAAAACUGAGCAACAACAGCGAGAGUGAUGGUGAAUCGUAGAGAGGCCCCCAGCCUGGAUCAGUUAUAUUGAGCAUUCAGAGAGAUCACUUUUUGGUAUCCUGUUUUUCUAUGACCUUAAAGUGAAUGGACUUUAAAGAGCCUAUUUUUACCUAAUUAAAAAGAACCAAUAUUUUCAUAAGUAUUAUGGCUGUAAAUAAAGAGAAAUUGAUUACAUGGCUAGAGUUUUCAUAAAAUGCCAUAUUUUAAACUGGUUGCCUUAAUAUAAGUCACUUUUUUUAUUCCUUGGAUUUUUUUCUGCCUUCUGUACUCUACAAUUGUAUUUUCUGUUUUGGUCUGUUUGUUUGAAUGUUGUCAAUGUAACUAUCAUGCACUGAUAAAAACUGAAACUGUUGUUUCCAAAUGACGUUGGAAAGCCUGGUUUAGAAACCAAUCUUGAUCAAAUGUGUCAUUUAGUAUUUACUCACCCUUAUGCCAUUCCAGAUGUGUAUAACUUUCUUCUGCUCAAACAAGAUGUUUAGAAGAAUAUCUCAGCUCUAUAGGUCCAUACAAUGCCAAGUCAACAGGGUUUAAAACCUUGAAUCUCCAAAAAUAAAAGACCUACAGUUUAUAGUUAUCUUUGAAAGAUACAUAUUUUUUUUUUUAAGUAUAUUGAAGUAAUUCUCCUAAAAAUCUUUGUUUGACUUCGGUAGAAAGAAAGUCAUACACAUCUGGGAUGGUAUGAGGGUGAGUAAAUGAUAAGAGAUUUUUCAUUUUUGGGUGAUCUACCCCUGUAAUUGUUUACUCCCCAAAGAUUAGUUUAGCUAUGAUUUAUAAUCAAUUCAGGAAAUGCAUAUGGGUACAAUGUGGAUCAAGCUUAAAUGGCCUUUGUCACUUUACCCUAUAUUAUAACAUUUGCAACAUUUACAAUCCACAUUAAACAUGAAAAUAUCACUGGAUAGAGGUAACACAAGACUGCCCUGAGAAAUGUAAUGAUGUUAGACAUUAAGUACAGUAAACACAGCAGCAUAACACAAACUAAAAUAAAAACUAAAGAACUGAGAACUAAACUGAAACUACAAAACACUGAGAAAAUGAAAACUACACUAAAUAUAUAUAUAAAAUAGAAAUGAUAUAAAAAAAAAUCCAGAACUAUAAUAACACUGCCUCUAACUUAUCUUUUAUUAAUGAUUCUGUAUUGAGGUUUUUGAGGUUCUGAAGAUAAUUUGCAGCCAGUUUUCUAGGCCAUUGUAGAUAGUUGCCAGGGCAUUGCUAUGUGGUUGCUAAGGUAUUCUGAGUAGUUUUUAGCAUGUUGCUAUGCGGUUACUAGGGAGUCAAAAGAGCUCAGCAAUAGUAGAAGUGAGUGACGUUUGUCUUGCAAACAGCGCUAAUAAGCCUUUCAUUGCUGUAUUUCGAUUGUUAAAGGGAUAGUUCACCCAAAAAUGAAAAUUCUCUCAUCAUUUAAUCCCCUCAUGCAAUCCCAGAUGUGUAUGACUUUCUUAUGCUGCACACAUAUUAAGAUUUUAAGAAGAAUAAUUCAGCUCUGUAGGUCCAUUCAAUGCAAGUGAAUGGUGACCAGACCGUUGAAGCUCCAAAAAGUGCAUACAGGGAGAUAAAUAUAUAUAUAUAGUUUCAGUAUGACCUUAUAUUUUCCAGUUCAACAGCUUCCAAUCUUCUGAUGGGUGUGUGAUCAAGGCCAGACGGUUUUCACUGGAUUCUCCCUUUACAUUGUACAGCAUUUUUUGCUUGAAGACGGAUCUGCAUUGGGCUGCUGUCACACACUCUCUGUUUGAAAGAAAAAAGUUAUAGUAGAAGGAAGUUGUAGACAAUUAAAUUGUUCUAGUAUGAACUCCGUUUGGAAUGGCCUUCGCAUCAGGAGCGUGCCUCUAAUGCCGAAAAAUUCUGUCUUGUGCAUCUCACUAGGUUUUGGUACAGACUUAUAUGUAUUACAUUUAUGAAUUGUUUGUAAUAAACU